GCAGAGGCCGUCAAAGGAUCGCGAUGGAGGCGAUCGAGAAUGCGGCUGCGCGGAAGGUGUGCUUCUCCAAGCGCCGCGCCGGCUUGUUCAAGAAGGCGGCCGAGCUCUCCGUCCUCUGCGGCGCCGAGAUCGCCGUCCUCGCCUUCUCCCCCAGCGGCAAGCCCUUCUCCUUCGGCCACCCCUCCGUCGACUCCGUGCUCGCCCGCUUCUUCUCCGCCUGGCCUGCUCCCCCUCGGCACCACCCCCUCGCUGGGGCCCUGCUUCAGGCGCUUAGACGGCAGGAGUCGCAGCUCGCGGAGCGGCUCGAGGCGGAGAGGAGGAGGAAGGCGGCUCUCGAGGCGGCGAUUUUCCGGCCUUGGGGCACCGUAGCGGACCUGAUGGACGCCGACGUCGAGGCGCUCGGGAUGCCGGAGCUCGGCCUGCUGCAGAGAGCGCUGGAGUGGGUGCGGGCGGAGGCGGCGGGGCAGGGCGGAGCAACUGGCCUUCGAGGCUUUGCAGCCGUCGAACGUGGCGGUCAACGCCGGUGUCUUUGUCACCGCCGACGCCCCCACGGGGGCGGCGGCUCCAAAUAUGUGUGCAGGAAUAAAAAGAGAAAGUAA